CCGGAAUCCCAUGGUGCUGCAACAUGCAAGGAAGAAGGAAAUCAAGGAACUCUUGCUUGCGGCGGCUAAGAACAGAUAUGCCGCCGUGCAGGUGCCGAAGGACACGGUGUGCAUCGCGCCUUUCAGUCCUUCGCCCAUGGAGAUGGUAACGAAGGUUUGGGAGCGUUUGCGGCCUCAAAUGUGCGCAGAUGAUGUGGUGGUUGAGCUCGGCUGUGGCGACGCCCGGUGGCUCAUCCAAGGCGUCCAAAUGUGCGGGUGUCGCGGCGUGGGGGUCGAGUAUGACCCCCAUGUUGCCUCUUUGGCUGUGGAAACAGUAAACGCGUUGCAGCUUCAAGCGUCUAUCUCGAUCGCUGUAGACGACAUCGUCGACACAAACUUUCAUCUGCCCGUCGACACGUCGAUGGUGAUCGUGUAUGCUUUUGCCGACACGCUCAACGUAAAUGUCAAGCGCCUUCUCAUGGAGCAAUGCCGCGCCCCGUGCACAAAAGUCAUUUCUGUAGGGUUUCGCAUCCAUGGAUGGAUGCCGCUGUGGAGCGAGCGGUACGCUGGUCUCAUGUGCUACUUCUACGAACUCUUCAAGGGGGGUGAAAGCGCCGCGUGAGAUGUAGCCGUCUGUGUCAAAAUCGCGGGCGGCAGCAGCGGCGUCUCCAAUCGGUGGAUCAGCAGCAUGUUGUCGCGACGCAGUGCAGCGAUUCUGGUUAGCAGCCAAGCCCGUCAAGUAUUGAAGUAAUCCAAGGAGCAUGUGAUCAUA